AUUUCCAAGCAAUUGAGAAACCCAGCAAAACUCAGUUUUAGUCCUACACUCCUCUCUUCCAUUAUUCUUCCACUCCAGCCAUGUCUCUGGUUCAAGGCAAAUGGAUCAAGCUUGAUCAAAAGGGGACUGGUCCUGGAGCUAGAAGCUCACAUGCCAUUACCCUAGUAGGACAGAAGGCCUAUGUUUUCGAAGGCGAAUUCACGCCACGUGUCCCGGUAGACAACAAGCUCCAUGUGUUCGACGUCAAGGAGCAGACGUGGUAUGUGAUUGAAGGAACCAGGGAUGUCCCACCGCCAUGUGUUGGUGUGACACUAGUAGCUGUUGGAGAAAUUAUUUAUGUAUUUGGAGGUAGGGAUUAUGAACAUAAUGAGCUCUAUUCCUUUGACACAUCCACACACAAGUGGACUCUAAUUUCAAGUGGGGACACCGGGCCCCCUCACCGGAGUUACCACUCAGUCACCUCCGAUGACCACCACGUAUACAUCUUCGGCGGAUGUGGUGUUGCCGGCCUCAAUGAUCUAUGGGCCUACAAUGUCGUUGAUCAAAAGUGGAUCCAAUACCCAAAUCCGGGUGACAACUUGAUGGGGAGGGGUGGGGCGGGCCUGCUAGAGGUCCAAGGAAAAAUAUGGGUUGUGUAUGGCUUCGCUGGAGAGGAAGUGGAUGAUGUACACAUCCUUGAUCCAGCCCAUGGUGAGUGGGCCCAAGUUGAGACAAAUGGCAAGAAACCAACAGCUCGAAGUGUAUUUUCUACCGUAGCAAUCAGUAAAUACAUAAUCAUAUACGGCGGGGAAGUGGACCCUAGUGACUUGGGCCACUUGGGUGUUGGAAAAUUUACAGCCGAGGUUUAUGCAUUGGACACAGAAACAUUGUUGUGGAAGAAGUGGGAUGAUGGUCUAGGCUUAGGCCAUCAUCCUGGCCCUCGCGGAUGGUGUGAGUUUGCCCGCGGGCAAUGGAAAGGGAAAGAGGGCCAUUUGGUGUAUGAUGGGAAUUCACCAACUAAUGAUCGACUUGGUGAUAUUCAUUUCUUCACUCCUUAAGUGAUUGGAUUAGAGAUGUGAUGUAUGAAAGUGAUGGUGAUAGUGUCAUGUGCUGGAAAUAUGGAAUUAUGGGAUGUAUUUAUGUAAGUUUGUAAUAAGAUCUAGACACGACAUUGUGUUUGUGGGAAUGAGGUUGUAUUUUGGUUUUUAAUUUUCUAUUUGGUAGAUGUGAUUUUUUUUUUUCUUUGAUGUAAUAUAGAUCUAUACAGAAUAUCGUAUGAAUGAGUAAAUAAUUACUUAAGUUACAAGUCUCUUAUCCGGUUGAAUUUGAUUAAGUUUGAUAUUUGGGAGAAAUAGAUUACGCCAAAUGUGGUGUUGUAAACUACCAUGUGGUAUCUUAGUUCAGUAAUAUUAUGUUACGUAAAGAAAAUUUACACCUAAAAUGUCAUCAGCGGAGCAAAACAUCACGAUGACGUGAGCUCGUUCAAUAUAUGCAAGGAAAAUAAAAUACAAUAGCUAUUUCAAUAAAAAGAUAAAAUUACGUUGGCCAAAUUCAAAUCGAGGCAAAAAAAGAGGCCAGAGAUGCAAUUUUAUCAAACACGAGGGCUUUUCAGAAAAUUCAACUGCCGGAGAAGGCGACAAGUGUAACGACUUCCAGCAAACGGAGAUCCAGUUUUCUACUCAGACCCGCCAUCGAUACAAAGCUUGCUUCCGGUCUCCUCCGUUAUGGAGAGGCACAUCGAGAUAUUCCUGAAGAGGCUCUCCUACGUCGCCAUCCUCAUCGGCACCGUCACCUUCGUCUUUCUCCUCCUCAAAAACCCCGACACCUGCGUCGCACCAGGUUCUCCCCCCAAGCCCCACCUCCGCUUCCCCAAAUCCUCCUGCGACGCCUCGCCGCGCCUGAUCCUCCCUCUCCACAAGAAGAACAACCGCCUCUGGUCCUCCAAGACCUGGCAGAACAAGGUCCGCUCCUUCUCCAACUUCUUUCGCGCAUUUUAUCAAAUGGGUCUCCUGCACAACGAGUCCAAGGUCCUCUGCGCCUCUGCCGGCGCCGGCCACGAGGUCAUGGCGCUGACCGAGUUGGGCGUCGCCGACGUCACCGGUAUUGAGCUCCUCGAAUCGCCUCCGCUGGUGAGCCGGGCCGAUCCCCACAACUUGCCUUAUUUCGAUAAUGUGUUUGAUUUGGGUUUCAGUGCUCAUUUUGCCGAGGCAUUGUUUCCGAACCGGUUCGCGGCGGAGAUGGAGAGGACGGUGAGGGCCGGUGGGGUGUGUGUGGUGGUUGUGGAUGAAUGUGGGGAUGAGGAGAUUAGGGAGAUUGUGGAUUUGUUUUCGAAUUCGAGGUUUCUUGGUGCUCUUAAUGUUACAUUGACUGGAUUGAGAAUGACAAGGAUUAUUAUGAAAGUUAAGCGCUUACCUUGAUUUCCUUUUGGUAAUUCUCUAUUAGGUGUUUAUUGCAUUUGUUUUCGAUUUCGAAUUCCUGUUGGUGUGUGAAUUAGUAAUUCUCUUUAGGAUCUGGUGUUAGUGAGCUACUUAUGAUUUGAAUUUGUGAUUUGAAAACGAAUUAAGCAACUGCGGAAGAACUCGAAUGGAUGUAGAUUAAGUUUGGAA